CACCUCUAUAACGAACAUCAACUCGCAAGCAUGUCAGAACAACAGCAGCAGCAACCUCAUCUCUGCUUUCGCUCGUUCGUCGACGCCCUCAAGGCGGACGAUGACCUGGUCGAGAUCGAUACGCCAGUCGAUCCGAAUCUCGAGGCGGCGGCCAUCACCCGACUCGUCUGCGAGACCAACGACAAGGCCCCCCUAUUCAACAAUGUCAUCGGCACGCAGAACGGCCUCUUCCGCAUCCUGGGAGCCCCAGGAUCCCUGAGAAAGUCCUCCGCCGAUCGCUGGGGCCGCCUUGCUCGCCAUCUGGCUCUGCCCCCGACCGCCUCUAUGCGCGAAAUUCUCGACAAGAUGCUGUCUGCCAGCAGCAUGCCUCCUAUCCAGCCUACAAUCCUUCCCUCCGGACCGUGCAAGGAGAAUGUCCUUGAAGAGAGUCAGAUUGACCUGACCAAGCUGCCUGCCCCGCUCAUUCACCAGUCGGACGGCGGCAAGUAUAUCCAGACUUACGGCAUGCAUGUCGUGCAGUCGCCGGAUGGAACAUGGACCAACUGGUCCAUCGCCCGCGCCAUGGUGUACGACGAGAAGCACCUGACCGGCCUGGUUAUCCCGCCUCAGCAUAUCUGGCAGAUCUACGAGAUGUGGAAGAAGGAAGGCCGAGAUGUCCCGUGGGCUCUGGCUUUUGGUGUGCCGCCCGCGGCCAUCAUGGCCUCCAGCAUGCCAAUCCCCGAUGGCGUGACCGAGGCAGGCUACGUGGGCGCCAUGACCGGAUCGUCCUUGGAACUGGUCAAGUGUGACACGAACGAUCUGUACGUUCCUGCCACGUCGGAGAUCGUCCUCGAGGGUACUCUGUCUAUCACCGAAAGCGUACCCGAGGGCCCAUUCGGUGAAAUGCACGGCUAUGUGUUCCCUGGUGAUGCGCAUGUCUGUCCCAAAUACAAGGUCAACCGCAUCACCUAUCGGAAUAACCCCAUCCUUCCCAUGUCGUCGUGCGGACGAUUGACCGAUGAGACGCACACGAUGAUCGGAUCCCUUGCUGCAGCUGAGAUCCGAAAGCUCUGUCAGCAGAACGACCUCCCCAUCACAGAUUCCUUCGCUCCAUUCGAAUCCCAGGUGACCUGGGUUGCUCUGCGAGUCGAUACAGCCAAGUUGCGCAGCCAGAAAUACACAUCGGCCGAGUUCCGCAAGAAGGUCGGGGACCUCGUUUUCAACCACAAGGCCGGAUACACGAUCCACCGUCUGGUGCUGGUGGGCGACGACAUCGACGUGUAUGACGGCAAGGACGUGAUGUGGGCGUUCUCUACGCGUUGUCGCCCGGGAAUGGACGAGACUCUGUACGAGGAUGUCCGCGGAUUCCCUCUCGUGCCGUAUAUGGGGCAUGGAAACGGCCCCAAGACGCAGGGAGGCAAGGUGGUUUCGGACGCUCUGAUGCCGACCGAGUAUACCACCGGCCGAGACUGGGAGGCGGCCGACUUUAAAACUUCGUACCCAGAGGAGCUCAAGCAAAAGGUGCAGAGCAACUGGGAGAAGAUGGGAUUUAGCAAGCUGCAGUAGAUGUGGUUUCUUUGGUUCCUUAGAUUGAGAAUGUAUAUUAGUAUUUAGAAUUGAGUUAGAUAGCUUGAAACAAUCCAUCAUCAG